ACCCGACUUGAUUGAGUUGAGACGGACAGGACCACCCAGUCAAUGCUGCCAAACAACAAGCCCUAGUAUGCACGUCAUGAAUUAUGGGCCUUACCUUUCUAAUAAGAUGCCUAAAGAAACGACCCAUGCCCUACAAAUAGAUACUUUGUCAGCCUUCGGUGAUUUGAUCCAGACGCCGAAUACCAAGCUCUACACGAGCCGGCGGCCCGUCAAUCAUGCCGAAUACAUAAACCGACCACCUCGCCAGUUUUUCUGCUCGUUACGAACAUGCUGCCGCUGCCUUUUACGCUAGAAUGCAGCCUGUAAAUCCACCAACCCUGCGACUUGUUUGUCGAGGCCGACUAUCAUCGCCCUUACACAGCGUAGCCCGGACAUGGCCACGAUGUCUACCCCUUCUGAGUCCACGAAUGGCCAGACAUGCCUUUAGCGACUCUCGAACAGAAAAUUCCAAACAAGAAAGCAGCCACAGAAUCCCACUGCGGCUGAUGCCCCUAGGAGGCUCAAUAACCAACGGCAUCGGAUCGUCCUCCGGAAACGGGUAUAGGAAGAAACUAAACGACAUGCUCGUUGCCAGAGGCCAUCAAACAGUAAUGGUCGGGUCUCGCAGGUCCGGCACAAUGGCUAACAACGACAACGAGGGCUGGCGCGGGUACAGAAUCGACCAGAUCCACGAGAAGGCGAUGAAGUCAGCUGCGCGGCAUUUGCCGAACUUGUUUACGGUGAAUGCAGGACCGAAUGACUGUCUACAGGAUUAUGAGAUCCAGACUGUGGGGUUGAGGCUUGAGGCGCUGCUUGAGGAGCUUUGGAGGAUUGCAUCGCCUAGUGCCACGGUUGUGCUUUCGACGUUGAUUGUGGCUGCUGAUGAGGGGAUCAAUUCGAGAAUUUUGAGAGUGAAUGAGCAGAUAAGGGACUUGGUGGAGAGGAAGGGGGCUGAUAAUAAGAGGAUAGUUCUUGCUGAUUUGUAUGGCCCUCGAGGACCUCGGGUUGGGGAUUUGGUUGAUGAUGGGAUACAUCCUGGUGAUGAGGGAUAUGUCAAGAUGGCGGAGAUUUGGGCAGACAGUAUUGAACAAGCUGCAAGAGAUGGUCUUCUUCAACCCCCUCAGGAUGUACCUAAUCGCGGGGGUUGUAUAUAAAGACUGGUGGACUUCAGAGGCAGA